ACUUUGUUAAAAACUAGCAUAAUCAUCAACCAACUAUAAAUUAAAACAAGGGUUAGGCUGAAGAAGAGGUCCACCAACGGCUCUUCCCUAUUUUCCCAUUCAUAAAAGCUCAUGUUAGGACCAACCCUAACUCUAAACCCUACUACCCUUAGCACCCCAAAGACCAACCCUUAGAUUACUAUUAAGAAUAGUGCAUUAAGAUUUGUGGAAAACAUCACCGUAACAAUCUUGCAGUAACACGAUGGUUAUUUAACAAAAUCAAGUAUUAAACUUGAAGUAAAUGUUUAAACCCAUAGACAGAUUUAAUUUUAAACAACAAGAUUCAAUACCUCCUCCAAAAAUUCUAGUUUCAUAUGUGUUUUUUUAACAAAAUUAGCCCUUGAAUACCACAAGAAUAAGGGAUACUUUCAAAAAGUAUGCUUCUCGAUAAAACACCAGAUUUGUUGACUUUGCAGACUCAAUUUUUGAAGUCAUUGUUUAGUUUUUAAGGAAUGUAAAAUUUCUUGGAAUGAAAACUCACUUAGUCCAGUAAAGAGGAUGAUCAGAUUCUUACUACGGAGUUUCAGGCUUUAUAGGAUAAGUGUGUAGUCUUUACUCCGCAGUGUAUGCUAAGCACACAGAAGAAGACAGGAGGUUGUUAUGCUCUAAUUUGAGUGACAUUUUGACCAAACAAUCACAGGUGGGUUGUUGGAGGAGACUUCAACAGUGUGCUUAAGCUGGAAGACCAUAAAGGCUUGUCUACUCCCUGUCUUAGAAGCAUGAAGGACUUCCGAGAUGCUAUUGAUGCUUGCUCCCAUACAACCAUGGAACCUAAAUCUGGAGGUGGUUGUUACACCUAGUCUGGAAUAAGGACAAGUGGUUGGACCUGAAAGAUAUGAAAAAAUAUCAAGAAGAUACAAGUGCUGAGAGUUCCAGUAAAUAUGAUGUCAAUGACGUCUUGAGAACUCUAGAUCCUACGUCAUGUGAGUCAGUGCUCGAAGCUUCUCAUUCUAAAUCUGUGUCCAAAUUGACAGCUUUAUCAAAAUCAUCAACUGCUGAGGAGGCUGAAACAAAAUGUCUGCCUACUCCGUCUAAAUUAAUGCCUGAAUCUAUGCUUGAAUCUUCACUUUCAAGGGCCUCAAUUGAUUUUAGUACAGGGGCAAUGGGCAUUGAGUCUGAGUCAACCCCCUACGAUUCUAGGGGCAUUGAGGCUUUGGAACCAACCCCCUUCGAUUCCUUCCAACUACCAAACUCUGAGGUGAUGGAAAUGCACCAUGUUUCUGAGCAAAAACUGGCAGGAAAGGUUAAUAUUGAGCAUUAUUUUUAUCGUACACUCUCCUCGUGGCUUCGUGAAAACUACGAGAAGAGUAAAAAGUGGACAAAUGAAUCAUGGAACACUGAAGCCUCGAAAGUUAGGAACAAGAUGCAUGAUGUUCCUGAUUUCAAUGCUGCAAGGCCGACAAGGGAAUGCAGAGCUGUUAUCCAAGCGAUAAUGAAGUCAGUUUUUGAUUAUCACGACUCUGUAGGGUGUCAUGGAAAUGUGUUGUGCACUGACUCUUAUUUGCUGACCAUAAAGGAGGGGUUCUUCUACGGUGCUGCAACUUUGGAUUGCAGAGCCCAUCCUUUUGCCUCAUAAAGAGAUGAAUAGUGAAAUCGACUUAGCCAUUGAUUUUUGGCAUCUUGCAGAUUUGAUAAGAAAUAUCCUUGGUUUUCGUCAUGACGAGUUACCAAGAAUUUGGAGAAGUCUGUUAAAUGAUAUUCAAAGAUUCCCAACUAAGAGUUCAUAUCCUAGAAAUAAAUUGUGCAACCAUCCAGCUCUAUGGGACUGGCAAUUUAGGGCUGGAUUUUAUGGUUUUGCUUGGAGAACUCUACAGGAACACAGUUUUGAAGGCCAAAACAUAUUGAAAGGUCUCAGAUGUUAUAGUAAUUGGCCUGCUGAGAUACUUGAGAAAUCUUCAUAUACACAUUUAUGAAGGGAGAAGCAGUAGUGAUUUGGGAUACAUGUACUUUUCGGUCAGGUGAGAAUGUUAAGGAUGACUUGCUGACACUUGAAAACCAGAGUGCGGAGUACAUUGAGAUGACAACCUGCGAAAUGUUUUAUCCAUUUAUUCUACAACUGCACAGGCUUAUCCCAUAGUGUUAGUUGGGCUUUUCUUUUCUUUGUUGUUAGGUUGUAAUCUUGUACUCGCUCGUUCGAGCUUAUUAAUGGGA